CUCGUGUCACGUGAAAUGAUCACCUCUUCUGUGGCUAUACCUUGAGAUAGAAGAAGUUUGUUCCACCUUCACCUGCGCCGUCGUUAUGAGCCACACGUCCAAAAUGUCAGAUAUGUCUGACCCCGAUGUGAUGCCGGAGCUUGAACGUGAAAAGGAGCCAGUGGCAGAGAAGAGGAGCAGUGGCAGUGGCGAAAAAAAAGAGACAAGCGCUAUCGAACAAGAGCUAUUCAUAAUAGCACUCUACGCUAUAGGAGCUCUGGCAUUUGGAGCUGGUAUCGCCAUCAUAGUGUUCCAUCGAAAAGGUAAACCACCUGUCGAUGGCAAUUACACAGAGGACAACGAACCGGGGACUCGUACAGCUCCAUCCCCAGAAGACGACGAAGAGGUCUAUGAAAUAAAAACACUAUGUGGCACCGACGACUGCAACUACAUGCGCUGGCUGAUCAGUAUGUCUGUCGACACGGCAAAGAAUCCGUGCGAUAAUUUUUUUACCUAUGUCUGCGCCGGUGCUAUGGAGCAUUUCAAAGGGGUAUCAAACAUGCUAUAUUUCGUGACCCUCCAGAAUAUGCAAGCAAUUGAGAUGUGGUUCAGAAACGCCUCCCCUCCGGCUCAAAGACAAAGCGCCUUCCAGAAAGCCGUCAAGUUGUAUCAAUCGUGUCUAGAAGAUCCGCAGUCAAGCAAGACAGGAAUACAAGAAAUUCUAAGAAAUUUAGGCUUGUCAUUGACACAAGAGUUGAACUUUGAACCGCUUGAUAUGCAAGUGAGGUUUCUGUUUGAAGGACAUUCGGCGAUAUACAUCAUGACUCCAGCACCGUCUCGCAGCCAGAACGACAUCUUCCUCGACGUUCGUGUAUCUACUAUUUUUGAUUCGUUUCGCUCGGUUAAGCCUGGCAGUGCAACGGAACGCAGAAUAAUUUAUCAAAAGGUGUUACACUGGGUAUUCGAAGGUUUAAAUCUCGACGACAAGGUUAUGGAUGACGUUCUACAAGCGGAAGACAAAGUGUACGUCGUCUCCAGCAACCAGGCGUACGGAGACAAACGUUACAGAUUUGGAAUGUCUAACAUCGAUUAUUUUGCCGGCAAAGACCGGGGACUAUCCGAACGGUGGAAAAAGAGCCUACAAAAAUGGUCAAAGUCGCUCUUCCCCGGAAGAUAUCAAAUUCAGAUGACUUUAAACGAUAUACACCUACUCUAUAAUUUAUUUGGCAGCAAAGCAUUGAUAAGCACCGAAGACAUCCGGACAUUUUUUGCAUGGAGAACAACGUGGUACCUCUACAAUAUAUCUGGAGUAACCAUGGCAAAUGAGAAGGCCAGUGAGGAUAGCCGACAAAUGCCUAACUCACGUCUUAUAUUUAUUCAAGAUUGUAGCGCCGAUGAAGACGUUGUUAGAGAAGGUAAACCAGUCAACGGUAGAUGCUGUAGAACGGAUGACGAAUGA